AAAAAUGAUUCAACUGGGAUUGCUCCUUCUACUCUGGGCUACGUCUACGUCUACGUCUACGUCUACGUCUACGUCAACGUCUACGUCUACGUCUCGUGAAGCUUGUCCAAAUGUGCCAAUCAUGCAGGAUUUCGAUCUGGAAAAUUUCCAGGGACGUUGGUACGUAUUAGCGAAAUAUGAUAGUGCUGCUAAUGCGUUAAAAAAAUGCAUGUCUCCAUACUGGACGCUAAACGAGGAAGGUUUAUUAGAAGCUGAAAUCAACCUACUGGAAGGGGUAGACAACGUAUCAACAACAUUUACCGGUGUUUCGACAUUCAUCGGAACUGAAGGAAGAUAUACUGUAGAAUACGAUGGUGAAUAUUUUGGAGAACACUGGAUUAUAUAUACAGACUAUGAGCGUAUUGCCAUCUUAUUCUCUUGCGCUGAUAUAGCAAUUGUCGGAGGAACUAAUUUUUUUAUUUUGGGAAGAGAGCAACAGAUAGAUAAAGAUUCUUUCGUGGAGGCUUUGCAAUUUCUUAUAGAUUACCAGCUCAACGAUUUGGGACUGGUUCUAGAAGAUUGGUCAGAAUGUCCAGAUAUGACCUACUGAUAAAUUUUUCAUGGAAUUUUUGCCCUGAUGAAAUUCGCAUUAUCAAAUAGUUGAUAAAAGUGAUCUGUUUAAACGUUUUUAAUCAAAAACAGAAUUAUAAUUCAAUACGCUCAAUUACGUAAUCACAUGUAAUAUCUUCACUUACCAGUAAAUAUUUUAUUUUAUCCUUGA